UAAUAUAUAUAUAGAGAUAUAUAUAAAUAUAAAUAUAUAUAAAAAAUGGCAGAUCCAAUGAAAUUUGGCAUGAUUCCAAAGUAGUGUGAAGCUGGGGUAUAAGUUUAAUUGUUAUAUAUAAGUCGGCCAUUGUUACAAUCUCAAACUCCACAAGCAAGAUCCAAUCGACACUUUCCUUAUAUAUUCAUUGAUCGAUCGUCGUCGUCUUCGUCGUUUAAUUUCAUCUAUGGGGACCCUUUCUCGGUGCGAUUCGAGGAACGGUUUUCAGUUCGUCGGCCACUUGUCCGAUCCUAGAUUCACCAACAACGUCGUCGUCAACAUGCCCGGAAUUCUGUCGCAGAAUCAAGUCGUCGUCAACGACGAGGACGCGGCUGCUCCGGUGGAGUGCGACUACUUCAACGGCGUUUACGAAUACCUACGGCAGAUGCUUAUGGAGGAAGACGACUUGGAUCACCGCCCUUGCAUGUUUCAAGAUUGCUCCGCUCUCCAAGCCGCCGAGAAAUACUUCCACGACGCCCUCAGUGACACCGCCAACUCGCCGCCGCCGCCGCCGCCGGUGCCGUUUUCUUUCUCCGUCAACAAACAAACUGGUGACGCUGAUUCAAUCUUAUCCGCAUCUGAUUUUCCGUCGUGGACACUUUUCGAGUCGGACGUGGUCUCCGGCGCCGGCCAAAGUCUGUGGAACGCUACUACUGGCGGUCCGGCGGCGCCGGAGAGUCGGUUUCAUCCGCUCCUGAAUUCAGGGUUGGCGGUUAACGACGGCGGAGCAUCUCUCUUUCAAGGCGGCGGGGAAUCUUUUCAGAAACAUGUUCAAGUAUUUGCAGGGGAAGGAAGAUCCGGCAAGGAGAAAACCCACCGGAGCGAAUAUUCCGGCGAAGAUUCGCAGAGGAGCGGCAAGCAGCUGGCGAGCUACGAAGCAGAAGAUCCGGCGGAGAUUCAAAAGUACGACAAGUCGCUCCUCUGCCCGAAGAUGAACCCGGAGUUCUACAACAAAACCCCACCCCGGGGCUCCGACGAGAAAUCCGACAGCGACGAAGAAAGCAAGAAACAGUACCGCAAAACCAAGGAGGUCAAACGCGGCCGGCCGAAGGGGAGCAAGAAAAACCGCGCCGUAACAGAAGUCGUCGAUCUCAGCAGCCUGUUGACCCGCUGCGCGGAGGCGGUAUCCAACUUCAACCUCGCCGCCGGCGAAACCCUACUCAAGCAGAUCCGCAGCCACUGCUCUCCCCACGGCGACGCAAACGAGAGGCUGGCCCACUGCUUCGCGAACGCCCUCGAAGCAAGAAUGUCCGGCACCGGCGCCGCCCUCUACACCGCCUUCGCUUCUAGAAGAAUCCAAGCUUCCGAGCUUCUCAAAUCCUACCAGGCUUACGUCACCUCCUGCCCUUUCAAGAGGAUGUCGAAUAUCUUCGCCAACAAGUCCAUCGGAAAGUACACGAAAGACGCGGCGAAGAUCCACAUCGUCGAUUUCGGUAUCCUCUACGGCUUUCAGUGGCCCUGCAUAAUCCAAGGCCUUUCGUUGAGGCCCGGCGGUCCCCCCGUGCUGAGGAUAACCGGCGUCGAUUACCCUCAGCCGGGUUUCAAACCGGCCGAGCGAAUCGAACAGACCGGGAGACGCCUCGUCAGCUACUGUAAGCGUUUCAACGUACCCUUUCUGUACAAUGCGAUAGCCAAGAAAUGGGACGAGGUCACCGUGGAGGAUCUAAAGAUCGAAAAGGACGAAAUGCUCGUCGUCAACUGCAUGUACAGGCUGAGGCACGUGCCCGACGAGUCGUCGGUUGGGGUUGGGGGGGCGAACGCCCCCCCACCCCGCGACUCCGUGUUGAAGCUGAUCAAGAGGAUAAAGCCGGAUCUCUUCGUGCACGGGGUUGUGAACGGGUCGUACAACGCCCCGUUCUUCGCGACACGUUUCAGGGAGGCGCUCUUCCACUACUCGUCGUUCUUCGAUAUGAUGGAGGCGACCCUGCCGAGGGACGAUCGGGAUAGGAUGCUCUACGAGAGGGAGGUGUUCGGGAGGGACGUGAUGAACGUGGUUGCGUGCGAAGGGUCGGAGAGGAUCGAAAGGCCCGAGACGUACAAGCAGUGGACGGUCAGGAAUCAGAGGGCGGGGUUCGUGCAGAUGCACCUAUAUCGGGAGAUAGUUAAGGAGGUGAAGAUUAAGAUUAGGCAGGAUUACCACACUGAUUUCAUGUUGGACGAAGACGGCGAUUGGUUGCUACAAGGGUGGAAAGGCCGCGUUAUGUACGCGCUUUCGUGUUGGAGGCCGAACUCGCAAGAAUCGACCUAAUCAAAGAUGCUGCAAACACUUUUUUUUUUUUUUUUUUUGUUCAUUUGAAAUGAAUAAAGUUUUGAGUCUUUUUUAUCUGAUUUUUGUUUUGCAACCAACUGAAAUACUUCAAAUACAACACUACAAAAAACAAGAGAUUUGUCCUAAAAACAA